UCUCUUUCUCUCUCAAGGUUCAUAUUUCCCAAAUCGAAACCAAACCAAAUCAACCACCACCAAUCAAAUAUUAUAUAUAUAAUAAACAUUCUACCUAUUUAUCACAAAAUUAUUCAUUCAUUUCUAGUUAUGAAGGGAGAAUAUUUACAAGACAAAGAUCAUCAGCAUCAUCAACAUCCAAACAGCAUCAUGUUCUCCAAGCUUCAUCAAACACACAAAUUUCAUCCAAACCCGAACCCAAAUCCAAAUCCAAACCCAUACCAGGCUUCUGAAGAACAGGACAGUCGCCGUAGUCCUGUUACAGCCUUACUAGGCGACGGCGCCACCAUAGAAGUCGUCCGACGUCCACGUGGCCGACCACCAGGAUCAAAGAACAGACAAAAACCACCCGUUAUUAUAACCCGGGAACCCGAACCGUCUAUGAGUCCAUACAUCCUCGAGCUAUCAGGAGGAAACGACAUAGUCGAAUCAGUAACCCGGUUCUGUCGGAAAAGGAAUACUGGUCUAUGUAUCUUUUCCGGUUCAGGGGCAGUUAUCAAUGUUACUCUCCGGCAACCUUCUACUACUCCCGGCGCCACCGUGACUUUCCACGGCCGAUUCGACAUACUUUCUCUUUCGUCCACGAUUUUGCCGGUGACGGCAGGUUCGAUGGUCCCUCCGACGUCGACGGCUAAUGGAUGUUUCACGAUCUCUUUGGGUGGUCCACAGGGGCAGAUUGUAGGGGGGAUAGUUGUAGGCCCACUUUUAGCUGCGGGGACGGUUUACCUAAUUGCUGCUUCGUUUAAUAAUCCGGUUUUUCAGAGGUUGCCGAUGGAUCAAGAUGUUAGAGAUUCUGGAGGAUCUGGAAAUGAUGGGCAGUCGCAGUCGGCGGUUUCUGGUGGUGGAGAAGAUGGGUUGUCUGUUUAUGGAUCGCAUAUGGGUUCGGAUGUGAUUUGGGGAACCGCCGCCGCCAGACAGCCUCCUCCUCCUCCGCCCCAUUACUGAUAAAUUUCAAAUCUUUUUUCUUUCUUUUAUCUCUAUAUAAAUGUUGUUUCAGUUUAGUUGUUUUCGGAACAGAGCACUAUGGCUUAAAUUUGACAUCUUUUUGAGUUUUAUUAACAUAAAAAUGGUUCUUGGGUCAUCA